AUGAAGCUCUCAAAUCAAUCGGAAGUUCCCGUGUACACGAUAUCGGGUUCCAAUACAGCCCGUCCCCUACCAGAAUGGCUUGCGAGACGGAGAAAGCGCAGUCUCAAGAAUGAUCCAGAGUAUGCGAACCGAAUCGAACUGCUCCAGGAUUUCGAGUUUGAGGAGGCAAGCCAGUGCGUCCGGGUUAGUGAGGACGGCGAAUGGGUCAUGAGCACAGGAACUUACAAACCUCAAAUCCACACGCACCAUCUUCCCCAGCUAUCGCUUUCCUGGGCUCGCCACACAGACGCGCUCAAUACAACAUUCCAGUUGCUUUCUUCCGAUUACUCAAAAUCUAUUCACCUUCAGUCUGAUCGAUCGCUCGAGUUCCACACACCUUCCGGGUGCCAUUACAAGACGAGGCUCCCGCGAUAUGGGCGCGACCUCAUUUACGACAGAGUAUCCACUGAAGCGCUUGUUCCGGCUGUCGGUGUGAAUGGUGAUGGGCUUGGUGAAGUCUUUCGCCUUAACCUAGAAUUGGGUCGUUAUAUGCGCAGCUUCGAGGUUGAUGUCGGAGGUGACGAUUUCACUUCGACGGGUGGAGGGGCAUUGCAAGGCGGCAUAAAUACUGGUGCCGUCAAUACAGGGGCUAUCGCCGAGGAAAGCCAUGGCCUGCUUGCCUUUGGUACCACAUUGGGUACAGUCGAGCUUUGGGAUCCCCGAGCUAAGGGGCGCGCUGGGGUGUUAUUGCCUCCAACUCAAGUCGGACCUGAUGAGCCCAGAAACGAGAUCACAGCCCUAGAGUUUCACCGUGCAGGAUUAACACUUGCUACUGGCUCCUCAAACGGACUUAUCCACCUCUAUGAUCUCCGCUCGCCCGUACCCUUGCUCAAGAAAGACCAAGGAUAUGGCUUCCCUAUUCACACACUGAAAUUCCUACUACCAUCUUCAACGACACGAGAACAAACCAUGGAGCCCAAGAUAAUGUCAUCAGAUAAGAAAAUAAUAAAGAUCUGGGACCCCCGGGAUGGCACUCCUUGGACCUCCGUCGAACCCGCCGCCGACAUCAACUCAGUUGCUUGGUGCAAAGAUAGUGGAAUGAUUCUCACGGCUAACGAAGGACGACAACAGCAUUCAUUCUUCAUUCCCCAGCUUGGCCCUGCCCCGAAAUGGUGCUCAUUCUUGGACAACUUGGUUGAGGAAAUGGCUGAGGACCCCAACGACCCGAGCGCAUUCAACGCCAGCCAAGCCGGCUCCGUUUACGACAACUUCAAGUUCUUGACGCUACAGCAACUGCGAACCCUGAGCUUGGAACAUUUGAUUGGGCGCACUAAUUUGCUGCGACCCUAUAUGCACGGAUACUUUGUUGCCCAACGCUUGUACGAGGAAGCUAGAUUGAUCACCAACCCAUACAUUUGGGAAGAAGAACGUGCGAAGAGAAUCAAGGAGAAGAUCGACAAAGAACGUGAAAGCAGGAUCCGAGGCAAGAAGAAGGCAGCCGUUAAGGUUAACAAGAAACUCGCAGAGAGACUCAUGGAAAUGGAAGAGAAGAACGAGCGCCGGAAGGCUAAGCGCGUGUUGGAACAAGGAGGCGACGAGCCCAUGGAAGAUGUUGAUGCCACUGCUGACGCUGAUGCUGAAACCACAAAGGACGCACCCGGCACCAACGUCCUCGGCGACAGCCGUUUCGCUAAGCUCUUCCAGGACGAAGAUUUCGCCAUCAACGAGAACUCCCAAGAAUUCUCUCUCCGUAAUGCAGGCAGCGUUCCCAAAUCCGCCCCCACAGCUAGGAAAGAGCGCGGCCUCACAGCCGUCGAACAAGAAGCUAUUGACGAGGUCCCGAACUCAUCAGACUCAGACUCCGAUUCUGAAUCUGAGAGUGAGCCUGAGCGAACCUCUAAACGGAACUCCUCCGCCCAAAAGCCCGCGAGACAAUCCAACAACAACCGCCGCCAGCCCCAGAUGCAAAUAUCCUCCUCCACAGCCGCGAACUCAACCCACGAUCGCUCCUUCGGUUCGCGAGCACAGAAUAUGCGCACCAAGGAGAAACCGGCCCGGCGUGUUACUGUGGUGGGAGAGCAAGAAUUCACAUUCAACCCCAGGGGCAAGUCCUCGAAACAGAGAGAUGCGCCCUUUAAACCAACUACUGCAUCAUCCGACUACAAAGCGAAGGAGCGACGAAGCGCAUCAGGGAACGCGUUCCGCAGAAUGUGA